AUGCCGGAGACAAUCAGAAGAGAAGACAAUGCUAGGGCAUACCCCGUAAGCGAUGCGCAGCGGCACUACUGUCUUGACGCUGUGAAAAGAAUGCAAGCGAGACAGAACAGACAGAAGAGACAGAACAGACAGAAGAGACAGAAGAACUUGAGAGUUGCGACCCUAAACAUCGGGACGCUGACUGGAAAGAGCAGAGAAAUAGCAGACAUGAUGAAGAGGAGGAGGAUCGACAUACUAUGCUUACAAGAGACAAGAUGGACUGGUGGGAAAUCAGGAGGGAAGGCAAGAAACAUCGGAGAGAGCUACAAGCUGUACUACAGCGGAGGGGGAAAGCCAAAGAAUGGAGUGGCUAUAUGCCUGAGUGAGGAAUGGCAAGAUAAAGUGAUAGAGACCCAGAGAAAGUCCGAUAGAAUCAUAACUAUGAAACUGGUAACACCUGACAAGACGUUCAACAUCGUGACUGCCUAUGCACCUCAGCAAGGUUGUGAAGAAGACGAGAAGCAGAGAUUUUGGAACCAACUUGAAGAAGUGACCACCAAUGUGAAGGAAACAGAACAGCUGAUUGUGGCAGGAGAUCUCAAUGGGCACAUCGGAAGAGAGAGAGUAGAGGGAUUUGAGAGAUGGCAUGGAGUAAAGUCAAUCGGAAGAAGAAAUGAAGAAGGAGAUAAGAUCUUAGACUAUGCAAGGAGCAAGGACCUCGCAGUGGUAAACACAUUCUUCACACAGAGGGAUGGAAACACCUACACGUACAAAAGUGGCCUUAGCCAGACCGUGAUAGAUUUCAUCAUGAUAAGGAGAGAUGACCUAGGCGAUGUUAAAAAUUGUAAGGUUAUCCCUGGUGAGGAAAUUGCACUGCAGCAUAGACUCGUUGUGAUGGAUUAUAAGAUCAAGAAGAGGAGAAGAAUAAGAAGAGAGAGACCGAAGAAGAUCAACUGGUGGAAACUACAUAAUGAGGAAGGAGAUGAGCUGGAAAGUAAGAUCACAGAAAUGUUAAUGGAACAAAGCAUGGUGGGAGAGUGGAAAUGGAAUGAAACAUACCCCAAUAUACUAGAAGCAGCAAAGGAGACACUGGGAGUUAGUAGAGGUGGGAAAUACAUAGAAAAAGAAUCCUGGUGGUGGAAUGAAGAAGUACAAGAGGCUGUGAAGAACAAGAAAGAAGCUUUUAAGAGAUGA